CGGAGCCUGCGCGCCCCCGCGGCCGACGGCGCCUCGAGCGGCCCCGCGCACGCGCCCCGCCCCGCCCCCACCCGGGGCCUCCUCCCGCCUCUCCGGCUGCCGCGCUACUCAGCUGCCCGGCCCGAGCUCUCCGCGCCCCUCGGCCUCGGGAGCAGCGCGCCCCUGGUGACUUCUGACACCACGCGUCCUCCAUUACUUAGAUCCGAGAUGAAUAGUGAUCAAGUUACACUGGUCGGUCAAGUGUUUGAGUCCUAUGUUUCAGAAUACCAUAAGCACGAUAUUCUUCUCAUCUUGAAGGAAAGAGAUGAAGAUGCUCAUUACCCUGUUGUGGUUAAUGCCAUGACCCUUUUUGAGACCAACAUGGAGAUUGGGGAAUAUUUCAACGCCUUCCCCAAUGAAGUACUAACUGUUUUUGAUAACGCACUGCGAAGAUCAGCCUUGACGAUUCUCCAGUCCCUUUCUCAGUCUGAGGGUGUCUCCAUGAAGCAGAAUCUUCAUGCCAGGAUAUCAGGAUUACCUGUUUGUCCUGAGCUGGUAAGGGAGCAUAUCCCUAAAACCAAGGAUGUGGGACACUUUUUAUCUGUCACUGGGACAGUGAUUCGAACGAGUCUGGUGAAGAUCCUGGAGUUUGAGCGGGACUACAUGUGUAACAAAUGCAAGCAUGUAUUUGUGGUCAAGGCUGAUUUUGAGCAGUAUUAUACCUUAUGCCAGCCAUCCUCAUGUCCCAGCUUGGAGAGCUGCAAUUCUUCAAAAUUCACUUGCCUCUCAGGCUUGUCUUCAUCUUCAACUAGGUGUAGAGAUUACCAGGAAAUUAAAAUUCAGGAACAGGUUCAAAGACUAUCUGUUGGAAGUAUCCCACGAUCUAUGAAGGUUAUCCUGGAAGAUGAUUUAGUAGACAGUUGCAAAUCUGGUGAUGACCUCACUAUUUAUGGGGUCGUGAUGCAACGGUGGAAGCCCUUUCAGCAAGAUGUGCGCUGUGAAGUGGAGAUAGUCCUGAAAGCCAAUUAUGUCCAAGUAAAUAAUGAGCAGUCUGCAGGGAUCAACAUGGAUGAGGAGGUCCGAAAGGAAUUUGAAGAUUUUUGGGAAUACUAUAAAAGUGAUCCCUUUGCAGGAAGGAAUGAAAUAUUGGCCAGUUUGUGCCCCCAAGUUUUUGGAAUGUACCUGGUAAAGCUUGCUGUGGCCAUGGUGCUGGCUGGUGGGAUUCAAAGGACCGAUGCUACAGGAACACGGGUCAGAGGUGAAUCUCAUCUUUUAUUGGUUGGGGAUCCUGGCACAGGGAAAUCUCAGUUCCUCAAAUACGCAGCAAAGAUUACACCGAGAUCUGUGCUCACCACAGGAAUUGGAUCUACCAGUGCAGGUCUGACGGUAACUGCUGUCAAAGACUCAGGAGAAUGGAACCUGGAGGCUGGGGCGUUAGUCCUGGCAGAUGCAGGUCUCUGCUGUAUCGAUGAGUUUAACAGCCUCAAAGAGCAUGAUAGAACCAGUAUCCAUGAAGCAAUGGAGCAACAAACCAUAAGUGUUGCUAAGGCUGGCCUCGUGUGCAAGCUGAACACAAGGACCACCAUCCUGGCAGCAACUAACCCCAAAGGCCAGUACGACCCCCACGAGUCCGUGUCGGUGAACAUCGCCCUUGGCAGCCCGCUCUUAAGUCGAUUCGACCUGGUCCUGGUCUUGCUUGAUACCAGGAAUGAAGACUGGGAUCGUAUAAUUUCCUCCUUUAUCUUAGAAAACAAAGGUUAUCCAAGCAAAUCAGAGAAGCUUUGGAGCAUGGAAAAGAUGAAAACCUACUUCUGCCUCAUUAGGAAUUUACAGCCCACACUGUCUGACGUGGGGAAUCAAGUUCUCCUCCGGUACUACCAGAUGCAAAGGCAGAGCGAUUCCCGGAACGCUGCCCGGACAACUAUCCGCCUGUUGGAAAGCUUGAUACGAUUAGCAGAAGCUCAUGCUCGCCUGAUGUUUCGUGACACAGUGACUCUGGAAGAUGCUAUUACAGUGGUGUCAGUAAUGGAGUCCUCUAUGCAGGGUGGUGCACUGCUAGGAGGUGUGAAUGCACUCCAUACUUCCUUCCCUGAAAACCCUCUGGAGCAGUACCAGAGGCAGUGUGAACUUAUUCUGGAAAAGCUGGAGCUGCACAGCCUCCUGAGUGAAGAGCUAAGAAGACUUGAAAGGUUACAGAAUCAGAGUGUGUAUCCAUCCCAGCCCCAGGCAAUGGAAGCAGAGAUGACUCCAGGGUCCCUCGGAGGUGAUCCAGGGGAAGAAUUAAAGUUCAGGACAUCAACUCAGCAGGAAAGGAAUUGGAGCACACGUCCGUCCCCUGCUGGAGGCAGUCCUGGGGGAAGCCUGCUUCUCAAUCCCGCAUCCCAUCUGGGGUCUGAUAGACUAGCAGGUAGAAGACAUUCAGCUGAGCACAAAAAUAACCAAGAUGACAGUUUGGACUGGUUUGACUCCAUAGCAGCUUGUCCCAUUGAGCCUAAAAACACCAUUCCUGUGUUUCCUAGUCCCAAAACCAGUGGGGGGAAAAUGGCUUUGAAAAUCUCCAAUAACACAUCUCAGAGUAAAGGAAACAGGGAGCCAGGCCAAAGUCACAAAUUGGAAACUGGAGCUCUUCCAGCACCAGAAGAGACAGAGGCUCCAUUGAGGCCAGAGAGCGUUGAGGGUGAAAAGGCAAAAAAUGCAGCAGUUUCUGAAGCAACAUCUGCCGAUGAACUAGAUUCAGUACUGACUCAUCGUGUCCCCAGGAAACUACACAAGCUGCGCAAGGAGAGGGCUCAGGAAUUGUGCAGGAAUCCCUCUGGGCCGCCGUUGCAGCCCACCAGCCCUUCCCAUCCUCAGCCUGCCCCUGUACAUGGCCCAGAGAGAGAGCUGCAGACUCCCAAAAGAAAGAGACAGAAGCUCCAUGCUCAUGCGGAAGACCCUGAACUUGAAAGUGCUGAGAGUCCCCUUCCUCCUGUGGCUAAACUGUCAAAAUUUACUUUCAAACGGAAGUCAAAACUGAUCCAUUCUCCUGAAGACCGCAGCCCCGUGUCUCCUGGCACAAGUAAAAUCGCAGCUCAAAGUCCUGAAAUUCCCCAACCUAGAGCAAGAGGGGAAGCAGCUCUGCCUGGGAAGGGUCCAGAAAAGCUGGCCUCUGCCUCAGGAAUCAGAAGCUCGGCUCAGCUGCAGGGUAAGACAAAGGAGGUGUCACCGAAGCCACCAGAGAAAGGACCAAGAGAGAAGAAGGCACAUGCCCCUGCAGAGGGAGCUAUUCAGCCUGAGCUAGAGCUUGGGAACAACACUGGGCCUUUCCCUCUUACUUGUGAAAGAGACAGAAAGGAAGAGGGUUCAUGCAGUAAUAAAAGCGGCAAGGUUCAUGCUUGCACGUUAGCCAGACUGGCAAACUUCUCCUUUACUUCUCCCUCUGAAUCCAAAUCAAAAUCCCCUCCUUCUGAAAGUAAGAACCCAGGUGAGGGAGGAAGCCACAGCUCUCCCCCUGUGACCACAGCUACAGCGCUUGGCAGGAAGAGGAAAACUUUUCAGCUGGAGGGAUCCACUGAGAGAUUGAAUCUUUCCAAAAAAUCUCUCUUCAUUUUACCAGAACUCGAUGAUGAACCAUUAGAUUUUGACUGGGAUGAAGAAAUGAGAAAAAAGCCAUAAUCAUGAAAAGCUUUCUGGUCAAAUUUCAUGCUCCUCCACUCAACCCAGCACCUUCAGGUCGUCAGCGUGGCGUUUAUAUAUGUACAGAACUGUUAGCCAUGCUGAGUGCCACUCUGAACACCAGCUCCCUGUCAGGUUUUAUAGACUCAGGUUUAUCUUCAUGACUUGAAAAGUUGUGCAAUCAGUGUAGACUCGUGUGAUAGCAGCGCUUGAGUUGAAUUAAUUGAUAAUUGUGCUUGAUUUUGCAAACAAAGUACUUAUAUUCCCAAAGAUGUUAGUUUUUAUUUUUUAGGGGUGAGUCUUCCUGAGAUGGGUUCUUUCAUUCACUCAGGAACAAAUGCCGGGAAGGUUAGUGCUCAUAAAGCUAACAGGUCAGAGGAAUUCGUUUUCUAUUUUUUCCUUUUUGUUUUUUUCUUUCACCCAAGAUGUGCUGAGUGUGGUAAAUAUUGUGAUUUGCCAAAAUCAUAUGAUUUCCUAAAUUUUUUGUGUUUAUUCUCAUGUUUCAGAUUAAAUGUGACUAAUGCUGUUUUUUCUUUGAGAGGCAUUAUCACAGUUCUAUGAUAGUCUUAAAGAUCUGGCAACUGGCCAAGUAGUAGCUUUCUUGAGAUCUUGACCUUUUGAGUUUUCCUUUCUUUCUCAAGCCAACAGUUUGUGCUUCAGAUUCUUGUUUAUGUCCUGGGGACUCACCUUCAACACAGUUUAAAUCUUGUGGUUGGAAGAAGAGUGUGUGCGGUUGUCUGAGUCAUAUAUCACGGCAUUUACCCAACUGGUUCAUAUGGAAACGUGAUGCCUACUAAGUUAUAAUUCAUUUGUCUUUAAAACCAAGCAAUGACUGUGUUUGGUAGGAAGAGACAACUCAAGCUUUGUCCUUCUUAAGUGCUUUUAGAAUCACUUCUCUUAGAUUCUAGCAAGCGUUGUUAGGGUUUCAUAAUUAUACACUUUCUCUUCUGAAGUAUGAAUUUGGGAAAUAGAGAUUCUUUCAUUGUCUGAAGGACUUUUGGACAUGAUGGAUACACAAAAUUAUAUUACUUUGUUUAAUGACCACUUUAUUAAAUUCAUAAAGAAAAAAAUUUAGGAACCCCAAUUUUUCUUGAGCAUUUAAAAAUUAAUUUCAAAAUUAACUUAAGUUUUCUGAAAAUUUUUAAACUAUGAGUACAAAUUUAGAGUGGAUGAGUGUUUUGAAAUCUUCAGACACUUUAAACAGCUGAUAAAAGACAUACACAAGCAUUGAUUAUACAAGUUAUUACUGCACAAUCACUUAAAUUUAUCCUAAAACAGCAAGACUAUGGUUUAGGCAAUUUCUUCAUUAUUUCUGUACUUACUUAGUAAUUUCCCAGUGUAGUGUGAUUCUUAAUGUGAUAUAUUCCUAAUCUUUCAGUAUUAGUACUUACCUAGGUUUUUAGCAUUUUUGCUAGAACUAAAGGCAAAGGAAACGAUAGGGGUUAUUGACCUGUUGAUUCUUGGUCUAGACAUGGUCUGAUUGUGUAGACUAGGGUAAUUCAAACCUGAGCCACAGUGUUGAGCUGUCUUUUUUUUUUUAUGGUAAACUUUUAUGUCCCUUUCUUAUAAAUCUUUGUCUUUAAAACAUGGUAUCUUUUGCAGUAAUGAUGCAUUAAGCUUGGCAUGGAUAGUACCUAACCUACUGGUUUGCCAUUCAGGGUAUUUUGUUCUAUCAUUUAACAUGGUUGCAUUCUAGAGCUGUCAUUUUGCGUUUCAAUCUCGAUUCUAGAGCAUUUAGUCUAAAGUAGUUGUCUCUUUAGGACACUGAGUAACUCAUCUUUUAAAAUACAAUGUUGACUAUACUUCAAUUUUUUUAAAAAAUGAAACUGAAUAAAUAAAAUAGAGUUAAAUUGUCUUCCUUAGUUAUUGUGCAUGACCAUCUAUGCCAUCUUCUACCUGCUUCUUAUCUGUACUCACUAUACAUCCUAUUAUUUGUGCUAAUAAAUCCACCCUAUUUUUUUUAGUACCUUCUGCCAGAAUCAUGUAAUCAAGUUACAAGUUCCAUAUGUUUAUUCUUCAGUGCUUACCCAGAGAGAAAUAACUACAUAUGUAAAUAUUAUAAACAUAAUAUUUAGAAGAAAUAAAACACUCAAUAUGAAUGCUCCCCUACUUACUACAAAAAUUAAACUUCUAUCGCAGCUUAGUUUUGUGUUAUGAUUACCUCUUUGCUUGGAUUUGAUGCUCAGAUUCUCACAACUUCGUCAAUAGGAAGUCUCUUCAUGUUGACACCAAUGUCCUUUAAGGACUCUGACUUUCCUAAAAGCAUUCAUGAUAUCUGAAAACAACAGCAUGUUCCAGACCCUUUUUACUUGUUUUCCUGCCUCAAGUCGUAGAAUCAGCGAACCCUAAGGCACUUUAUUUCCUUUAGAGGCCAGUGGUAUUAAAGGCCGAACUCAGGGUUUCAGGGACGCUCGGGGAAGUCAGUACUACCCCUCCUGCGGGGUCCCUUUGUAGUUUAAGAGCCGAAAAUAUUUAAUGUCCUAAGGUUACAUUUUAUCCUGCUGUGUCCUGUGUUUUUAUACUGUGUGAUUUCACGACAACCAAGACUUUUUCUUAUGUGCUAUUUAAUGUGUGUACCAAGGAAAACAGAUGUCUGGGGGGAAAUGUGUACAGUCUCUAAGUCAUAUUUCUAGUCAAUAAAGGAAAGUGUAAAAAUAACCUUUAAUUUUGAAUCAGCGUGUCAGGAUAUAUAUGUAUUUUUCAGGCCAGUGGACUCCUUGAAAACAUUUUAAUAGUGUAAAAUUAUUUAAACACAGUAAAAGCUAUACCUAAUUUUCGUUGUGAGAGGAUCAAACCAGAGUCUUAAUUCUAUUAUAACUAUAUAUAAAAGAAUUGAGUUUUCUGACAUUGUUAAAGAUACACUUUUCAGUGUAUAUGUGGUAUUCUAAAAUUUAUAAUAGAGAUUUUGUUAUUAUAAUUUUUAAUGUUUCUUAGAAAUACAGACAGAGCAAGUGUAUUGUUCUGAUAUCUUUAACUGUUUGACUUAAUUCAACCAAACUUUAAACUUCUUCUGAAGGUGUACUAAAACUUGAAUAAUAGAGAUCCAUUCUUGAUUGAUAGGCUUUAAUUCUAACAAACCUACAUAUUCUAUAUGAGUGUAUUGCUUUUGUUUUCCAUGCCUUCCCUAUGUGCUAAACCUGCCUAGCUGGUAGAAUGACUGGAAGACCAGUUCUAGAGAAAAUCUUAGGUCAGCCACAAGGAGGAUCCCUAGAGCUCACUUUGAGCCAACCCCCAACAUUUGGGCGGCCAGAACCCCCCUACCCUGAGCGUCUAGGGACUGCCUGGAGCCAGCUUAACCCUUCAGAUGCAGCUUACCAGAUACCCUAGUUUCAAGUCUAAGGAGCUCAAAAUGUGGAAGGCUAGGCCAGUGCAUAUUGCUCAGUGUUCAGAAUCACAUUUUCCAUAGUUUAUAGAAUAUACAUAAUGUACAGAAUAGCAAUGUCCAUAAUGUUGAAUGUAAGCAUUCAAGAAAGGUAAAAGAAGGCUCCUGGCUCACCUUGGUGCUCUCUCCAAUAGGUGUUUUGCUGUCUAGGUCCCAUCUGCAAGUGGCGAAGCCCCCCCGCCAGGUAUACGGGGAGACAUUACCCACAUGCAUCCCCCUCACAGCACUCAGAGGACACACACAGGAAGGUGUGGUAACACCCCUGUGACCCGCUCUUCUGUUGUUCUUACAUCAGUUCCACCGUCUCCCCUCUUAAAGGCUUAAAAUGCAUCUAAAGGUCGUAUCCAUAAAGGUGAACUUGACAGGAAAGUUAAAUUAGGCUCAACUAAAUUGUUGCUGUGUUUAUAUAAACUACUCCAAUAUGAGUUAGAGACCAAGAAGGGAAAUAGGAUACAUGGCCUGGGCCUGAUCUCACUAGGAGGAGGGUGUGAGUGGGUUAUCUUGUGAGUGUAAGGAGUUUUUAGGCCACUCUUCUUUCUUCAUGUUCGGUUGGAGCCUUAAGCUUUGGCUGAAUCGAACCACCAGAAAGCAAGCAUUUGUAUCAGGCACACCUUCAUGUGGGGACAAACUUGGUUUAAUUUAGGACUUCCAUAAUAAACCAAUAAACCAGUGUUGAAAGAUUGCUUAAUAUUUCGGAUCUGACUUUCUCAGCGUCUACUGAUACCUAAAGGAGACUAGCAGCACAGUGAGAUUGGGAAUCAGGCAAAUCAGGUUCUAGAGCAGAAUGAUCACUAACCAGCAGUUAUCUGCCUUGAUCUGGCAUCACUGACCACUCUCCCCUGCCUGGAACCCUUUGUCACUUGGCCUUCAGGACAUCACAUGCAUGUGGUUUUCCUUACUCACCUCUUCUUCAGCUUUUCUGCUCCUUACCUCAUUUCUCCUCCUCUCCUGGAUCUUCAAUGUUCAAGGGACCCAGGGCCCUUUUCUAUCCCCAUCCCAUUCCCUGUUUUCUCAUUGAAACUCAGGGCUCCCCAAGGCUAUCAGUUGGCUGAUGAUUCCUUUCCUGAAGUCCAGACUCCUAUAUCCAGCACCUAGUCCCGUGGCUCUCUAAAGGACAUCUCCACCUCAGCAUAUUUCAAAUAGUACUCCUGAUCUUGUCCCCAUUAAACUCUUCCUUUCCCAGAUUUAUCCAUCUUGGUAAAUUAGAGACUCCAUCCUUCCAGUCGCUUUGGCCAAAAACUUGAGUCACGCUUGACAAUUUACUUUCUCUUGUACCUGGCACCCCAUCUGUUGGCAAAUCCUAUGGAAUCUCUCCUUAAAAUAUAUCCAGAACCUGCACCCUUCUCAUCACAUUUGCCAAUGUUACAUCAGUUCAACCACCAUUCUCUCUCGCUUUGCCUCCCUACAGGCUAUUCUCAGCACAGUAAUCAGAGUAAACCUGUCAAAUAAUAUUCCUUCUUACCUCAAAGCCCUCUAGCAGCUCCCAUCUCAUCCUAGGUAAAAGCCAAAGUCCUUAUAAUAAUGAUCUCUAAGGCCCUGCACAUUUGGCCACAUGCUACCUUUUUAACAUCAGACACUAACCUUGCUAGUUCCUGUAGUUUUCCAGACAUGAAGCAGCCCCAGGGCCUUGUCACUUGCUGUUCUAUCUGUGGAAUGCUCUUGCUCGGAAGAUAAUCACUCCUCACCUCCUUCAAGAUGUUGCUCAAAUGUCACCUCAGUGAAGCCUACCCUGUAACCUGUUCAGAAUUGCAGGCAUUCCUCCCCUUACUUAAUUUUUCCAUAGCAUUCUCAUCAUCUAACAUACUGUGGCAUUUAUUCCUUUAGUUUAUUGUCUGUCACAAGGGCUAACCAAGGGUGAGGGGAAUCUAGCAUGGACAGCAGAGGAGAGAGACCCUGAGCAUCAUCUGCUGCUUCCAGACCAGCCGCUGUGUUGUGGCUUGUACCACAUCUGGCAGCUGCAGUUGGCACUGCAAGUUGAUGGAGCUUGAGAUACUCUGCUGACAUCUUCCAGGAUCUAAUUUCUGUAGGGACUAGACCAACGACUUCAGUGGAAACUGAUGGGCAUCAGCACUCUGCUUCCUGUAGGUCUCUAAGGGUGGCACUAGUUUCUGCUCUUUGCCCCGGGAUGUUUGUGAUUCAUUGUCUUCCUCAGAGGAGGAGUGUAGGGGCAGCUUCAGAGGCUCCCACUUGUCCUUCCCCACUUUUUAUUCACAAGCCAAAGAACCAGUGUGGAUGUGUGGGUGUUUGGCAACUUCCAAGUAUUAUCUAUUUCAGUUACACACUCAGGGACCAGGGACAUAACCACUGGGUUGGUCCCUGACCAACUAGACCCUCCCCCUGUGAAGUGGAGCCAGGCCAGGUGUCCCUCUAUUGCCUGGCCCCCAUACACAUUCACUCUACCGGGGGACCACGUUUUGUAUCAGGCUGGAUAUCAUUGUCAGCUCUGACCUUGUAUCCAACAAUUCUCAAAAUAUUGGGCUAUUUCCUUUCCCCAGGGUAUAGUUACCCAAGCCAAUGUCUGCUGGUCCCUUUGUAGAUGGACAGGGGUAAUCACGGUCUUACAGGCUUGCCUUGAUGUUGCGGGUUACUUCUUCCAGAGGACCUGGCCUUUCCUUCAGUCCAAAGGCUCCGAGUCUGAAAUUCAUUCAGGUCCUGAAGCUGGUCAAAGAAUUCUGACUUUUUAUUGGCACCUCUGCCCUCAGCCUCUUCAUGAUCAAGUUGUAUCAUUAACCCUGUUUGCAGAUGGAAACGUGAUCAGAGGGGCUAUGUUAAUUUUUCAAGGUCACACAACUAACAGAUGGCUUCUGGAGGGGCAGCUAUUUGUUUCCAAAGCCAGUGCCCCAUCAACGAUAUCAUGACAGCUCCCAGAAGAAAUGUGAUGGUGCAGGGCAAGGCCAAAGUCACAAGGGUCUCUGCUCAUCUCCCUUUCAGUCUUCAUGUGCUGUCAGGAAGAACAGUGUGGGCAGCCCUCUCCUAUGGACACUAAGCCAGGGCCACAGUGCUGAGUAGAAGUCAGGACCCUUUCCGCUACAAGCACACCUGGCAGCUGCUCUGUAUCCAAAGACUCCGGCACGCCCCAGCCCUGGUUCAGCACCUAAGAAAACAUAGCAGCACUGCAGGGUGGCUGUGCUCGGCCAUGCCCGGCAGGGCCCUCACAUCUGCUCGGCUCCGGGUGCCAUCCACACCGAGCACACUGAGAAGGCUGCCCUGGAGGACAGCGAGGUGCGGCCCUGCCAAAUGUCCCUUUUUAUUUUCCAUCAAAUGUGCGCUAAUACUUUUUUUUACGGUGAACUUUGACUUGUUAAAAAGUUUCCGUUGCUGGGGAGUAGAUAACUAUCUGGAAGGGGCUUUUGUUUGUUUCCUGCGCUCACUUGCCUUGAACAAAGAUGGUUCUGACAAGCCUAGGGCAGCCUGGAAAGGCAAUCUAGGCAGCCCGUUCUUUCUGCUGCUCACACCACCAGGGGGCGUGAAGGAUCUCCGACAGACGAACGAGAAAGGCCAGAAUGGAGACUCCCCUGCGUACAACUCUCAUGAAAACAUUUCUUCCAAAAUCGGUCUCCUUGGGCACUUGGCCAGACACACAGGCCAGCUUAGGAUGGGGCCAGAACGGGCUGGGGUGCCUCAGGGGGCGCCCCAUUCCAGCAUAUAGAACAUGGGCCAUCUUCUGAAGACUUUGAAAAUCUGUACCUGAGAAGCUGGGCUGCAACAGGGCUUGGAAACCCUCUGAGCCAUGAGGUCAGAGUCCAUUUUACAGAAGCGUACACUCUAAAAGAAUAUACAUUUAAGAAUGUGAUUCCUUUGAGAGGUGGAGGACAGGCAGUCAGAUUCCAAUCCAAUCUCAGAUUGAUUUUUGUUAAUCAGAAGCUUAAAAUUCCCAGACUCUCCCACAGCAAUAACCUGCAUUAUUCUUUUGUUAUUGGGGUAUAGUUGGCGUAUAACAUAGGGUAAGUUUAAGGUGUAGUGUGUUGAUUUGAUACAUUUAUGUAGUGUAUGACAACCACCAUCAUGCUAGCCAGUGCCUCCAUCAUGUCACAUAAUUAUUUCUUUUUUGUAGUAAGAACAAUUAAGAUCUAGUCUCAGCAAUUUUCAAGUAUAUAAUACAGUAUGAUUAACUAUAAUCACUGUGCUGUGCAUUAGAUCUCUAGAACUUAUUCCUUUUCUAAGUUUGUAGCCUUUUAUCAGCAUCUCCCCAUUUCCUCCACUCCCCAGCCCCUGGUAACCAACCACCUUUCUACUCUUUGUUUUCUGGGUUCAGCUUUCUUAGAUUCCGCAUAUAAGUGAUAUCAUUACAGUAUUUGCCUUCCUCCAUCUAGCUAAUUUCAUUUAUCACAGUGCCCUUGAGGUUCCUCCACAUUAUUGCAGAUGACAGGACAUCCUUUCUCGUGGAUGUGUAAUGUUCCAUUGUGUGUGUGUACACCUUCUUUAUUCCUCCAUUGAUAAAUGCUUACGUUGUUUCCUAUCUUAGCUACUGUGAAUAACAUCGCAGUGAACAUGGUGGUGCAGAUGCUGUGUUCAUGCCUUUGGGUAUAUACCCAGAAAUGGAAUUGCUGGAUCAUAUGGUAGUUCUAUUUUUAGUUUUUUGAAGAACCUCCAAACUGUUUUCCCUAGGGACUGCAGCAAUGUACAUUCUCGCCAACCGUGCACAAGUGUUCCCUUUUCUCUGAAUCCUUAUCAAUACUUAUCUCUUGGGUUUUUUUUUUUUUUUUUUGAUAAUAGCCAUUCUAACAGGUGUAAAGUGACAGCUCAUCGUGGUUUUGAUUUGCACUUUCCUGAUGAUUAGUGAUAUUGAGCACCUUUUCAUGUACUUGUUGGCCAUUUGUAUGUCUUCUUUGGAAAAAUGUUUAUUCAGCUUCUCCAUUUUAAAAUCAAAUUGUUUGGCUUUGUUUGUUUUUUUACUAUUGAGUUGUAUGAAUUCUUUACAUAUUUUGGAUAUUAAUCACUUAUCAGAUGUAUGAUUUGCAAUUAUAUUCUCCCAUUCGGUA